UUAAAUACGUUUUUGUCUCGUAAUAAUUAUUUUUAUAAUUCAAGUUUGUUAAACUAAAAAUGGAAUCAAUUGAUGAUACAACUACAUCAAAUUAUCGAAAAAUUCAUGAAGCGUAUAUGCAAAAUUUGAAUGGAACAACUGCUUUGGAAACAUACUUUUUAAUUGUACCAAGUUUUUUAAAUAUUUUUAUUUGCCUUAGUGUAAUUCAUAUAAUAACACCUUUAGUACACUUACAAAUAUCCAAAUUGUCGCAGUUUUUAAUAGAAUUUUGUGUGAUUGUGUUACCAAAUCUGUUGUGGUUAACGGUCUUAUCUGAUUAUAUAAAAUAUGUUUUUCUAAGUUUACUUUGUAUAUCUACAUGUAUCUUAAUAUAUUUUUUACAAUUUAUUCAACAUACUGAUUUUAGUAAAAUCAAAUUUGAAAAUAAACAUCGGCAUUUUAUAACAAAUGCACGAUCUACAAUCAAUGUUUUAACUGCUAUUUGCAUACUAGCCGUUGAUUUUCAAAUAUUUCCAAGACGCUUUGCAAAAACUGAAACUUUUGGUUUUGGACUAAUGGAUGUUGGCGUAGGACUUUAUGUAUGUUCAAACGGGGUUGUUGCUUCCCACACAUUAAAAGAUCAUUUCAAUGGAUUUUUUAAUGUUUUAUUUAAAUCGUUUAUCAGUUGUACACCAUUAUUUAUUCUUGGUUCCGUCCGAUUUGUGUUGACAAAUGAAUUAGAUUAUCAACUACAUGUCUCUGAAUAUGGUGUCCAUUGGAAUUUUUUUAUUACACUUGCAGUUACAAAAAUGUUGAGUACAAUUAUCUUAUAUUUAAUUCCCGCUAGAUAUUCUUUACCUACAACUAUUUUUUUGAUACUGCUUCAAGAGUAUUUACUGCAAGUUGGGCUACAAGAAUGGGUUCUAUCUGAUAUUAAACGGAGUACGUUUUUAACUGCAAAUCGCGAAGGAAUAGUUUCAUCACUAGGCUAUGUUGCAAUCUAUUUUUUGGCUAUUCAAGUAUCCAAUUUUAUGAACUUAAAAGAAACAAUUUCUUUUAAAGAUAACGUUCGGUUAUUAUAUAAAUUGAUUAUCAUUUCUGUGAUUACAUUAAUUUUGACUUUUUUUUGUGAAAAGAAUUUUGGGGUAUCAAGGCGUUUAGCUAAUUCUGGGUACAUCUUUUGGAUUCUUUUUAUUUUUGUUUCAAUGCACGCAUUUUUCUUAGUAGUUGAGUUAAUUUUGAUGAUAAUAUUUGUCAGUUUAAAGACGUAUUUUGAAAAAAAUUCCAUUCGGAUUGGUAAAUCAACUGAGUUAACGUCAAUCAUAUUAGAAGCGGUAAAUUUCAAUGGAUUAACAUUCUUUCUAUUAGCAAAUGUAUUAACAGGCUUAAUCAAUUUAACUAUACAAACUUUGAAAAUUGAUCCAUUUAAUAGUAUUUUGAUACUUUUUAUUUAUAGUUUUAUAAUUUGUGCAGCUCUGAGUGCUGUGUAUGUUCAGAAUAUUAAACUAAAAUUUUGGUAAAAAAACAAAUUUUGGGGGAGUAGCCAGGGAAAUAAUUCUAUUAUUUAAUUUUUCCUCUUUAAAAGAUCCUUCUAAUACUGUUAUUGCACAAAACUUAAAAUGCCUUACAAUUUUUCUCGCUUUUGGGGGAAGAAA